AUGUCACCAUCGCCCGAGGAUGACACCGCGAUCAAGUUCAAUCUUCCGCAGAGCAGCGCCAACGUCGAGGUAGCUUCGGAGGGGUUCACUACCCUUUGGUCGGCUCUCGAGGCGGAGACUGACAUAGUAUUCAUCCAUGGUCUCCAAGGCCACGCCCAAAAAACGUGGCACUAUGGUGCGCUCGAAGAGUCGGGCCGCGGCCUUCUCCGAAUAUUCCAAUCGUCGCAACGCCAACACCGAAAACAUGACUGCUUCUGGCCAAGGGACCUGCUCCCCAAUGACUGCCCGAAUAGCCGCAUCUUGACGUAUGGGUACGACUCGCACGUCAGUCACUUCUUCUCCGGCGCUGCAAACCAGACGAACGUCGUUGGCCAUGCCAGCAGCCUCUUACACGAUCUCGAGGCCAUCCGCCGGGAUGACCCCGGACGACCCAUCAUUUUCGUUGCUCAUAGUCUGGGUGGUUUACUGCUCAAAGAGGCCCUUCGACAAGCCUGUAUCCAGGUUGAUGAUGAUGCCUACCUCCGGGAUCUCCCCUUACGGGCCGAGCGUGACGAAGACAGUCUUGGCUUCGAAGGCGCCGCUGGUGGCUUCAAGAUGAUAUUCGAAAGUACAGUCGCCACCAUCUUCCUGGGCACUCCUCACCGUGGCAGUGAACUUGCCGAAUGGGGUCUGAUGCUGCAAAAAGCUGCGAAAGCCGCUUGUUUUGAUACGAACGAUACGCUGCUCAGGGAUCUCAGUGUCGACUCUGUGACGCUGAAAACACUCAUCACCGGCUUUGCUGGUGCCUAUGAGCGGAAGCAUUGGGAACUCUACACAUUCUGUGAAGGAAAGGCUUUGCACGUGCCAUUCUUACCCCGGGAAAAGGUGGUGAGGGACGUCUCUGCUACUCUUGGCUAUCACCGUGAGCAUGUGGACGUCAUCAACGCCGACCAUAGGGCCAUGUGUCGCUUUCGAGGCCUACACGAUCCAGGGUACAAGAAGGUGAAGAAUGCGCUCAAGGCAUGCAUGAGAAACCAACCCGGUAGCAUUGACGGCAUCAAGUUCCGCAAGGCUCUCCGUGAGUUGGAUGCCGAAGAAACACGCUGGCGACUUCAACAAGUGGUACCAGCUUUUGAAGACACCUUCGAAUGGCUCUAUUCUAACAAGCAACUGCGGUUUGUUGACUGGCUCGGCUCCGACGAAGGGCUUUACUGGAUUAAGGGCAAACCGGCAUCUGGCAAAUCGACUCUGCUCAAGAAAGCGUACACAGAUGCGCGCACCCAGAAGGCUCAAGUCGCGCUGAGGGCUAAGGGUUACAAAUGCACGACAGCCGCCUUCUUCUUCCACGAUCGUGGGUCGCCUCUUCAGAAGUCUUUUGAAGGUUUCCUCAAAGCGGUUCUGCAUCAAAUCCUGAAAGACAUACCCGAGCUGCGAUCCGUUGUGCACGAGGGCUGGCGAUACUUUUAUCGCAAAUCAGAGCCGUUUACGUGGACCACGGACAAGCUGAUCCAUGUCUUCGAACACGUUGUCAGAGAAACCAACUUCAACACAUCCAUACUUCUGUUUGUUGAUGCGCUCGACGAGUUUGAAGGCCGGUAUCAAGACGUCGCCCGGUUCCUGCACACGAUUUGCUUAGACAGUCAGCGGAGCAAGAACGUCCGGGUCAAGAUCUGCAUGACCAGCCGCCCGGAACAGGUUUUUCUGGAUAACUUUACCCAUGUUCCAGGAUUCUGGAUCCAGGAUCACACUGCCGGCGAUAUACAGCGCGUCGUCGACGUUGAAUUCCAGUCCAACUCUAGGGUCGGCCGAGAGCUUCGAGACGGCACUGCGACCCAGAAAGGCGCGAUUGACAGCCUCAAGGGGCAGAUUACUCGUAUGGCCGAAGGCGUCUUUCUCUGGGUCCGAUUGAUUCUUGAAGAGCUCCUUGGCGACUUCACGGACGGGUCCAGCGUUGAAGAAGUCGCCGAGGAGUUGACCCAACUCCCGACCGAUCUGACGCGAUACUAUCAAUACUUGCUCGAGAAGAGGAUUCGGCAAAAGUACAUUCGGCAGUCAAGAGUCAUGCUCGACAUUGUCAAGUGUGCGAAGCGACCUUUGGUCCUUUCCGAUUUCCUUCUGGCAUAUCGCUUUGCCGCCAAAAGUGACUCGGAGGUUCCGGGUUCUCGCUUCGCCAAGGUCGACACAUCGUUCGAUGAGGCAAAGAGGUUGAUCCAGAGCCGAUGCGGCGGCCUUGUUGAGCUCAAGGAAGUCCGGCUGGAGAAGACGGAGCGCAUCUAUGCAUGUUCGGCCUUUUCCGAUGACCAACUGGAAGACUAUCACGUUCAGUUCCUGCACCAGACUGUGAAGGCCUUCGUGGAGAAGGCUUCCUCGGUCCCCACAGACAGUGAAGAUGAGACGCCCGUGAAUGGGUUUCUGUACUUGACCAAGCUGGGGCUGCUGACGAUUGGCGACUCGGCGUGGCCGCGAUACUCGCCAUCUUUCUCUUUUCAAAACGAUUUCUUGUCGUACCUUAAAGGCUCGGAAGAUGCUGGUGUGACAGAUAUGUCUUGUCUUCUCUCUCAGGUCAGCAUUGCAAAGAUUCUGGAUGCUUUCAACCCUUGGGCCACCGAGCAGUACCUCCCACCACCAAAGAAUCUUGCUGGUAUUGCCAUGCUGGCCGAGACGCCGAGGUUUCUGGCACACGAGCUAUCGCUCCUGUCAGGGGAAGAGGCAUCCAAGGUAUUCGUCCUGUUCUGCAGGUAUCUUUCAAAACGCUGGGAAACCGUUCCCAAGGACAUAGCCAGCAUUCUUCUCAGGUACAGCACUUCUGCGCAGCUCAUCAUGCAGGCUGUCAGGCAUAGCUUCGUCGAUGCAGCCAGCAAGGAUGGCGUGCUGGAGAACCAGCUGUAUCUUUUGCGAACGAUACUCGAAAAGGGUGUUCAUCCCGACACGCCUAUCCCCCUUGUGGUGGGCAAGGUUUCUGCAGGCGGCAAGUCGAUCGGUUGGAACACGUUUAUGCACACAGAGGUCUCGAACCCGUUGCCGCGCGAGGUCUUGGAGCUCCUCCAUCAACAUGGCUCCAAUGUCAAUGCCAGGGACCACAAAGACUUGACGCCCCUCGACCACGCGGUGUCGCAAUUUCUCACCGCGUUCGACACCAUGUACAGCCUCCGCGGGGGAAACGUCCCGACGGCGCGAAAGGAUGCUUACAUUCGGAAACUUGACAUAUGCCGCUUCUUGCUCGACAACGGAGGUCGCAUGACGACCAGGUCUGAUCAGUUCUUGUGGAACAUUUCAGCGGAGACACGCGAGGAGAUGACGGCGCUGGACAUACCCGUCGAGCCGAGACUUCCCUUUCCUCCAAGCAUGAGGCCAGGGGAGAAGUUCUUCUCCGGAGAAACGGGACAUCCCUCUGGUGGUACAGAAAUGUUGGAGGAUUCGGCUUCAGAGUCAUCCGAACAGACCGAGCCUCAAGAUAUGAGCUGGGCUGAAUAUGGUGUGCAGCAGGCACGGAGCCUUGCGUGGUGGAUUGUUUCCGCAGGGCGGGGUGGGGGCGAUGAGGUUGCUCUGUAG